UUUAAAUUUUGGGUCCUGUUUUUUAAAUUGGUCUACAUUAAGGUCCAAAGGGUCCAAAAUUAAACUUAGUUUGAUUUUAACAAAAAUUGAAUUUCUGGGGUUCUUUGAUAUGCUGAAUCUAAACAUGUGUUUAGAUUUUUGAUUAUGGGACCAGUUUUCAAGUUGGUCCAAGUUGGGGUCCAAAAUUAAACUUUGUUUGAUUUCAACAAAAAUUGAAUAUAUGGGGUUCUUUGAUAUGCUGAAUCUAAACAUGUAUUUAGAUUUUAGAUUUUUGGUCCAGUUUUCAAGUUGGUCCAAAUUGGGGUCCAAAAUUAAACUUUGUUUGAUUUCAACAAAAAUUGAAUAUAUGGGGUUCUUUGAUAUGCUGAAUCUUACCAUGUAUUUAGAUUUUUUAUUUUGUGGGCCUGCUAUCAAAUUGGUUCAUAUUGAGGUCAAAAGGGUCCAAAAUUAAACUUUGUUUGAUUUCAUCUAAAAUUGAAUUAUUGGGGUUCUUUGAUAUGCCAAAUCUAACCGUGUUUUUAGAUUUUUAAUUUUGGGUCCCGUUUUUUAAAUUGGUCUACAUUAAGGUCCAAAGGGUCCAAAAUUAAACUUAGUUUGAUUUUAACAAAAAUUGAAUUCUUGGGGUACUUUGAUAUGCUGAAUCUAACCAUGUGUUUAGAUUUUUGAUUAUGGGACCAGUUUUCAAGUUUGUCCAAGUUGGGGUCCAAAAUUAAACUUUGUUUGAUUUCAACAAAAAUUGAAUAUAUGGGGUUCUUUGAUAUGCUGAAUCUAACCAUGUAUUUUGAUUUUGGACAUUGGACCAUAAUAGGUAAAUUAAAAAAAUUGAAGUUCUUAGACAACAUUCUUUCUGUGUCAGAAACCUAUGCUGUGUCAAAUAUUUAAUCACAAUCCAAAUUCAGAGCUGUAUCAAGUUUGAAUGUUGUGUCCAUACUUGCCCCAACUGUUCAGGGUUCGACCUCUGCGGUCGUAUCAAGCUGCGCCCAGCGAAGCAUUUUAUUAAAGAUAGCAUUUUGCCCUCUAGAUGUCUUUUUAUUAUUUGUGUCAUUGGUUUGUUGUCAGGUUGAUGUUUAUGCCUCGUUUCAUUUUUAUUCAUAACAAAAAAAGUAAGUAAAAGAUAUAAGGGACAAAAAAAAAUAAAAGGCUGGAAGAUGCCUAAGGAAUAUGAUAAAUUGUUAAAAUUAUUGUAAUCUUGAUUUUAAUGUGAAAUUUAUGUUGAACAGGUGUAUACAAAUCACUAAAACCUGGUAUACUUAUAGAUAAAUGAAAUAUUUCAGGGGAGAUAACUGCUUAUACACUUGUUCUUUGACACUUAUGAAGUGAUAAAAUGAUUCAUUAAACUGCCGAUUGGUGAUAUAAAGAUAAAUUCACAUCCAAGUCAAUAAGGCCUUAUUAUAUAUCAAUUUGCUUUGAUAAAAAUAUCAGCCGAACCUAACAUGAUUUGGCAAAGGACUGAUGAUCUCUGUGGAGAAUAAUCAGUGAUAAUGUAUCUGAGAUCCUACACUUCUCUGUACGUGAUAAUUUGUUUCACAUUCAAUUCCCCGCACGAUAGCUUUAUAAAAUUGUGAUUAUGGCUAUAAUGAAGAUGACUAGGAUAGAUACUCAGAGAAAUAAAAUAGAUAUCGUGUAAAAUGAUGUUUAAGUCAUUCAACUGGAAAUCUCUUGGCUCGGUAUGUAGCCGAUCGAUAAAAUAACAGAUCAUUUUAUUCACAUUCAUUACGGGAAGCAUUAUGGCCGAUUCAGGUGAAAUCAGAAAAAACUUUUGAACGAUUUCUGACAUUUGUGAUUCUUUAUGGAUGAUCAGCCUUUAAAAGGAGAAGUUGAAUUUGUAAAACCUGAGCUAAAGCAUCGUCCUCUUCCACUACCUUCCCCCAGACUGAGGCAGAGUGAAGAGUCAGUUGAACCUAGUUCCAGUGGAGAGCUGACAGAUCAUCAUAAAAUCAACAGUCCUAGGAGAAGUACCGAUUCCAGAGACUUGCUAAGUGAGGCCAGUUCUAGCUCUGGACGAGGAUACUUGUGUGACAGUGAGAGUGGGGACGAUCGGGCAUCGGAUGCAAGCUCAGAUAUAUUUUCCAUAAGUCAUAAUCGAGAAUGUGUUUUACCUUUAACUAAAGCAACAUGCAGCAGCUCAUUUUCUACCACUGUUACAACCUCUUCAACAAGUAAUCUUAUCAUCACGGCAACAAAUACUCUGGCUUCCACGACAGCAACAACCACAUCACCGACAACAACAACUUGUGCUCUGUCCACAUCCUCCGUCAUUACUGAAAGUACUAAAACCACUUGUUCAAUAACUUCACCUGCAGUAACUGCUACAACUUCUGUGAUAACCAAUGGACCAAGUGUUACAGCUCCCUCCUUAAAAAGGAAAACUUUGUCCCCAUUAAAUAGAGUGUCACCAACAACAGCCAAACCGGCUGUUGUGGCCAGGUCAUCGUCCGCAUCAUCAACACCAUUACCAUUGUCAGCGUCUAAACAGUCACCUUUCCCGAGGGAUCAGCGGAAGGUUUCACCAUCACCACGUGUCACACCGAAGAGGGAAGAUUUCAGGGAGAAGGAACACCAUAGCAACUCAUUUCCAAAACCUUGGCCAGGAAAUAAUACACCUGGACAUUUGUUUGGACCACAGGUUUCAUUGUCCCCUGGACCAUCAUAUCAUUCCGGCUACCCCCAACAACCCAACCACAAUCCAGGGUUGUCCCACAGUAUGUUUGCAUCCCCCCUGCCACCUGGCCCCUCAUCAAACCUAGGAGCAGGGGCAGCACAAUUGAGUUCACCCACAGAUUCCAUGAACGUUGCAGGUCAAGAGAUUUUACGUGAAGAAUUGAACAGACGAUUUUUGUUGUCACAGGAGAGACCAACUUCAUCCUUGAUUGGUCCUCCACCGUAUAUGAAAGCAGACAUUCAUCAGCAUCAACACAUGCACCAACACCAACAUCAACACACACAUCAACACAUGUAUCCCAUAAUUCCACCAUUUACUGCCGGGGCAUUGAUCCCAACGCCAGCUCCAUUACCGGUCAAUAAGUUUGGAGAUUCUCCAUUAUAUCGCAAUUUUGGUAUGCCACCAGGUUAUGCAGGAUUAUCUCCCCUGAUGCCUCCUUCUGGAGGAUUGUCGUCCACACUGACUGGAGCAUUUCAGCCUAAGAGGGUAUCGACAGGGCUGCACCCUUCACAGAUGCUGCACUCCCUACGAGAUAGAGAUAAGAUCCCAUCAGCUGCAACAUUGCCUGCACAAAAAAAGCCAGGUAAAUGGAAUGCAGUCCAUGUACGGAUAGCAUGGGAGAUCUACCAGCAUCAACAAAAACAUAUAGAGUUACAGAAAGGGCAGGAAGGGAAAUCAAUGGAGCCGUUACGACCUCCAAGUCAUCUCUUCCCAGGAGCUUCUUUGCAUAGACCCACAGAUCUGUCUGCCUCCACGGGACUCUUGUCUCAAGGUUUGUGUUUUUCUGGUUCUCAUGGCAGAAAUAGUCUAGAACAGCCUGGACAUAGUGGCUUCCUGAACCCAAUGCACUCAGGUGCUUCCCCAUUUCCAAAACCAUCACCUUAUUCCAUGUCAAACCCUCUUGGUUUUGGAGGAUUGGGUUCAGCAUCUGGGGCAUUUAGUGGGCGUGACAUGCCAAAUGUUCCGGGACUGACGUCACCUCACGAUUGGAACCGUUUACAUCGGACUCCUCCAACAUUCCCUGGUGUCCAGGCAGCCUCCUGGAGUAAACGGGAAGAUGGGGAGAUUGAUCGUGGUGACAGGGGACCAGAAGCAGGUGUUUUAGCAUUGGACAGAAGACGGGAAGAAGACCGAGAAAGGGAGAGAAGAAAUGGCGAACACGACAGACGGGUUAGUUUAGAAGAAAGGAGUAGAGAAAGAGAGUUAUCUUACAUGAAAGAUGCACAUGCAUCAAGGUCUAGAUCUAGGUCUAGGUCACCAUUACAAAAUGGCCGUGUUGGUUCUGCCAAAUCUGAUAGUAGCUAUGAAAGAAGAUUUGACGAUAAAAGUGGACUUAAAAUUAAGCAGGAACGUCGUGAGGAGGAUUUAAUUCUUCAUGCCGAAAGGGAUAAACUAAGAACAGACUAUUUAUUGGGUCGUUCCCAAGCAGUUAAUCCAAUGAACUUCAGCAUGUUGGAUCGUGCUAGACUUUUAGGGGCACCGUCCCCAUACAUGUUUGGUGACCGUGUGCCACCCCACCCUGCAUUAUUAAGUCAAUAUGAUAAAAGUCCAUUAGAAAUGAACUUAGGUCAGCAUCAGUUUCAGCUCCAGCGGGAUAUGGAGAGGGAGCGAGAGCGAAUGCUGAGCCGAAUUCAACAUCCGUCAUUGUUUGAUCCGGAACAGUUACGAAAAGAAGAACUUUUUUUACAGGAUGAAAGAGUGAGAAGAGACAUACUAGAGAGAUUGCCAUUUUAUGAUUCACAAAGACUUGCCUUUGAGCAAAGUAGAUAUCCACAUUUACGUCCUCCAGAUCCGCUGUCGGCACACUUUCCAAGGACAAUUAGCCCGAUGAUAGCGCAUGCAAAAGGGGGUUCCCCUGCCGGAUACCCUCCUCCUUUAAUACCUUCCUCUAGUGCUACUCAAUCUCGGACUCAGUCUCCUGCCAUUGGGCGGAGCAAACCUAGUGCAACAGAGACUAAUGACAAAAGAGAUAACUAUUCCAAUUCAAAUGAUCCAGGUGUUCACAGCAGAUAGGAGUUAUCUCCCUUAGAAUAUUGUUGUAAAAAUAUUGUAAAGAUGUAAUCUGUGCUUUAAAAGCAGAAAUGUGAUCUCAUUGGCAGCUAUUAUUUUUCAUUUUUUUUUUUUGGUUCCUUCUGAACUACGACAGUCCCAAAAUUACUACUGUAUACAUUGUCCAAAUUUAUAAUGGAAUUUUUUUUUUCAUAGUUGGCAUAUAAAAUUUUCCAUAGUAACUUUGGCCUGAAUAUAGAUAUAGUUGGCCAAUUGCAGAAUACAGCAGGGGUUCAAAAUUGCAUUAUA